CCUGCUGAUCCCCCUCCUCCUCACCUCCAACCCCUUUACUUCCUUCCCUGACAAGCCGAGUUGUGUGCCUCCCAAUCUUUAGUUCACUUUUUGCAAAACAUUUGAACCACUUGUCUGCUUUUGGCUUCCUGUUUGCAGUCUGAGAAUUCUACAAGCAUUUUUAUCUGCUGAACCACCUUGGUUACACAGUUUUGAAGGGUGAAAUUUGAGUCGAAAUCCACAGUUGCUGGAGGGUACCUGUCACUGUUAGACUGCAAAACACAGAGGAAACUGGAAAUGUAGGGACCAUGCAAUUCACUAAGUUUUGGUGGGCAGUUUUUUAGGUUACAUCUUUGAAUGCAAUAUUUUAUCACAGAUUGAUCAUGUCUGAGGCAUCUGUGUCAGACAGUUCACCAGUAAAGACUGUGGCCUCUAAAGUUCCUUUUUGUGAUCUCUGUUCAACUUUGGAAAAAAUACAGAAAACCAAAUCCAGACCUGAAAAAAACAAGUAUUUCAAAGACUUCCUGGAUUCAUGGAGAAACUUUCACAGUGCUCUUCAUAAGAAUGAUUCAGACACCACCGAUUCUUUUUACCCAGCGCUGCGUCUGAUACUGCCUCAACUUGAGAGGGAGAGAAUGGCAUAUGGAAUCAAAGAAACAAUGCUUGCAAAGCUUUACAUUGAAGUUCUCGGUUUGCCAAAAGAGGGAAAAGAUGCUCUUAAACUCUUGAAUUAUAGGGCUCCAACAAACUCGUAUGGAGAUGCAGGUGAUUUUGCUGUGAUUGCGUAUUUUGUUCUGAAACAGAGGUGCCCAAAUAAAGGCACACUAACUAUUCAGGAGGUAAAUGAACAUUUGGACUCCAUUGCACUUAAUAAUGCUGUCAAGAGAAAAGAUUUGGUCAAAAAGAGCCUGUUGCAGUUAAUCUGUCGGAGUUCUGCUGUGGAACAAAAGUGGCUUAUUCGUAUGAUCCUGAAAGACAUGAAAUUAGGCAUCAGUCAACAAACUGUACUUCAGUUAUUCCAUGCAGAUGCAGCAGAGCUUCACAGCGUGACAACAGAUUUGGAAAAAGUUUGUAGACAACUUCACGAUCCCACUAUAUCCCUCAGUGAUGUCUCCAUCACGUUGUUUUCUGCUUUUAAGCCAAUGCUUGCCACUGUUGCUAAUAUGAAAAACAUUGAAAAGUUAAUGCACAAUCAGAGUUUUUACCUAGAAACUAAAUUGGAUGGGGAACGUAUGCAACUUCACAAAGAUGGAGAUGUUUACAAAUAUUUUUCACGUAAUAGCUACGAUUACAGCCAGCAGUUUGGUGUUUCCUCAGUGGAAGGAUCUCUCACACCAUUUAUUCACAAUACCUUCAAGAGCACAGUGCAAAAUUGCAUCCUUGAUGGAGAAAUGAUGGCUUACAACCCUGUUACCAAAACCUUCAUGCAGAAAGGAAACAAGUUUGAUAUCAAAAGAAUGGUGGAGGAUUCAGAAUUACAAACUUGUUUCUGUGUUUUUGAUGUGCUAAUGGUAAAUAAUCAGAAGCUGGCAAAUGAAACUCUAAGGAAGAGACACGAAAUCCUUCAGACUAUCUUCACAACAGUGCCAGGUCAUUUUCAGAUUGUGGAAAAAAUAGAAAUAAAAACAAAAAAGGAUGUUGCUGAUGCCUUGAAUGAUGCUAUAGAUAAACGGGAAGAAGGAAUUAUGGUAAAGGAUCCUUUAUCUGUUUAUAAACCAGACAAACGUGGUGAAGGCUGGUUGAAAAUUAAACCAGAAUAUGUUGAUGGCUUGAUGGAUGAGCUUGACAUCUUGAUUGUUGGUGGUUACUUUGGUAAAGGUCAUCGUGGCGGAAUGGUGUCCCAUUUUCUGUGUGCGGUUGCAGAAGUUCCUUCACCUGGUGAGAAGCCAUCGGUCUUCCACUCAGUUUGCCGUGUAGGUUCUGGAUAUACAAUGAAGGAGCUGUAUGACCUUGGGUUGAAACUGGCUAAUCACUGGAAACCUUACCGUAAAAAAGAUCCUCCACCAAAUAUUCUGUGUGGUACUGAAAAACCAGAAGUGUAUAUUGAGCCCUGCAAUUCGGUUGUUCUGCAAAUCAAGGCAGCUGAAAUCGUAAGCAGUGAUGCGUAUAAAACAGGUUGUACCUUGCGUUUUCCACGAAUUGAAAAGAUCAGAGAUGAUAAACAGUGGUAUGACUGCAUGACCUUGCACGAUUUGGGUCAACUGCACAAUAAAGCAUCAGGGAAACUUGCAUCCAAACAUGUAGAUCUAAAUGAUGAUGAGCCAGAUAAGAAGAAGCGUAAAGUUUUGACAAAAGCCAAAAAAUUGAUUGGUAUUGCAGAACAGUUUAAGGCCCAAGAUCUAUCGAAUGUCAGCAAAGUUUCAAAUAUUUUUGAAGAUGUUGAAUUUUGUGUUUUAAAUGGUCUUGAUCAUUAUCCCAAAGCUGAGCUGGAAAAGGGAAUAGCUGAAUGUGGAGGAUUAGUUGUACAGAAUCCUGGACCUGAUACGUAUUGUGUCAUUGUGGGCACUGUUAAUAUCCGUGUCAGAAACCUUGUCACUGCUAAUGAGCAUGAUGUUGUGAAAGCUGAUUGGUUGGUUGAUUGUUUGCAAAAGAAACAUUUUAUACCCUGGCAACCUCAGUAUAUGAUUCAUAUGUCACCUUCAACAGAAGAACAUUUUGCUCAAGAAUAUGAUUGCUACGGUGACAGCUAUUAUGCUGAUGUUGAUAAAACUCAACUGCAACAAGUUUUCAAAAGAAUGAGUAAACCAGAACAGAAAUUACCCUUUACAACUAUUGCUGACUUAGAACAGCGUUACUUAUGGGACAAAUCACCUCUAAGUAUGUUCAGAUACUGCAUAAUUUAUAUAGACUUCUACACCAGAAUUGGUGACUCCAGUACACAGAUACACAACUCAAGCUUAGAUCUGAGAGUUCUGGAGCUGCGAUUUCAUGGGGCAAAAUGUGUCACAAGUCUGCAUGAAGGUGUCUCACAUGUCAUCAUUGGUAGUGAUAUGCAGCGUCUCUCAGAACUGAAAUUGCUCAGGAGAACAUUUAAGAGGAAGUUUAAAAUUGUGAUGGAAUCAUGGGUAUCUGAUUCAGUGAAAGCCAGAUGUAUGCAAGAUGAAAAAGUUUACUUACUUUAGAAGAUUGCUAAAAAUCACUGAAAUAUGAGUAAGAGUUGGAUCAUUCUUAAAGUGGGCAAUGUAGAGCUCUGAAAUCAUUAAGUUCACCAACAGGAACUUGAGUUGAAGAUCAGUUUGUGUCUGAAUCUCUGCUUUAUAAAUGCUUAUUUUUCUGCCAGUACAUAAUCUGUAAUUCUAGGUAAAGAUUACUGCAUGGGUCCUUCUCACUUAAAAAGCUGAGCUUCAUGCAGGGUAAAACUACAAUGCCCAUCAUAACAUACAUGGUAUGAUAUUAUGCAGUUAAUCAGCUGGCAUGCUGGUUGUCUCAUCAUAGUAUGUUUGAGUAAAACCAACUAUUUAAAUUGUUCGUUUUUAAACUAAAGCACUAGCAAUCUUAACCGCAAGAAAGAUCAACAUGAGAGUACGAUAUAUUUUUUUACUAUAUAUGUAAUGUUCUUUAAGAGAACAGAUAAUGCAAUUUUUUGUACCUGACUCAUAGCUUGCCAGCUAUUAACCUGUUGAUGUAUAUUCCUAACCUGUUGAUGUAUAUUCCAAACCUGUUGUUUAGUUUGCCAGUUGUAAAAGGAAGUAUUUACUAUUCUACAAUGUAAAUGGUUUCAACUAGGAUUAUUAUCAACUUCUAAAAUAUGACUGCCUUUGGUUUUGGAAUUGAGAUUUAAUUAACAGGAAAAUUGCUUUAAGCUGGUAAUAUACAUAAAUAAAAAUUGAUCAUUAACCAAGCAAAUCAACAACAUUGUAGAUGAAAAGUAACAAAAGAAUGCUAUCAAGACUUACAGAAAAAAAACAAGUAAAGAUGGUGAGGUACUCAGAUCAAGGACAAGAAAAUAAAUUACAAUGGAAACUAAACAGUGACAAACUGCAGGAGGAAAUGUGUUUUUACAUGAAACAUCCCAUUCUGGUUGAAAGUCAUUUCAGUGUAGAAUCGUAAGAGGAAUUUCUCAAGUAUGUUAACUUUUAUUAUCUAAGUGUAAUGUAAGUAGUGAAAUACUAACAAGUAUUCCAAAUGUGCUGUUUUGGUUCAACAUUUUCUGAAACAAUCAAGAUGCUGGGCAGGGCUAAAGGGUACAUGGAUCAGAUUUCCAACCAUGUAACGAGCAAGUCUCAUUUUCCGUUUACAUCCUGUACCAUUUGUCAGUCACAUUUAGUAACAAGUCAGGCAAAUGCCAUCAGUCUUGCAUGAUGUGCUGAUUUUGCAUGCCCAAAGACCUUUGUGUGAGGACGAUCGCAUACAAAUUUACAGAAGCAAGCUUUGCUAUGCAUACAAAAAGUAAAAUGAUUGGUUUUCAUAAAAUACUAAUGCAGCACGAUAUCUGGAUAAUACUAUCUAACUAGCAGUUCUUAACCAUGCAGUUACGAAUCAUCAGAACAUUUGAUUUUCUUGAAUACUACAAGGGGAGCUGGUGCACAUGGUGCAACUUCUUGAAUAUUGCUUCAAAGCUAAAUUACUUUUAUUUUAAUGUGCUUGCCAGGCCAAAAGCUCUUUACAGCAAAUACUUUAUGACAAUUGUUUAAUUGCUGUCCAUUCUUGAACUAAGUACUGUACAAAUCCACCUGAUAUUUUACACCAAUUAAUUGUUGAAAUAAAAUAUACUUCAUGAUUUGAAAAUACAUUUUCCGAUUAUCCAAUGCACAUACAAAUAGUGUAUUGUUAAAAUUUUAGACAUUCAGAAAAUGUUACUUACCCUGUCCUUUCUCUUUAACUUGGAAACCUAAUUUCUCAAGAUGAGUGAACUGAAUAAUGAGCAAAAAUAUUGAGAAAAUUGAUUAUUUUUAAAAUUGAAUGGAAUGUUUCUCUUUCAAAAGUAACCAUUCUGUAUUAAUAUGUAAAUAAUCAAUAUUUAAUGAAACGGUAAAAAUGAGUAAAUUUCAGAUUUAUACACAGGCUGGUCUAUAUGUA